AUGAAAGGGUUUGAGGAUGUGCAGCCGCUGCCAAUAGUGACGGAGCUGCCCGAUGAGCUGUGCCAGAUAAUGUACACAGAAGAGUAUAAGCAAACCAUGGGGAUCGCUAGGGCCCUGCUACAGAAGCAAGAGUACUCUAAAAGAGCUCUGGAUUUGACCGCAAAAGUGAUCGGUCUCGCACCUGCAUUCUAUACUAUAUGGAACUACCGAUUCGACAUAGUGAUGCACAUGGCAGAGCAGGAAGAGGACGCGGCACGUCUUCUGAACGAAGAACUCGAUUGGGUGGACGAGACGACGCUUAACAACCCGAAGAACUACCAAAUCUGGUCAUACAAGCAGGCGCUUCUGGAACGGCAUCCGGCACCUAACUUCAAGAGAGAGCUGCCCGUUCUGGAGCUGAUGAUUAACGACGAUACGAAAAACUACCACGUUUGGUCCUUCCGGAAAUGGUGUGUCUUGUUCUUUCAGGAUUUCUCGCAGGAGCUCUCAUACUCCGAUCUGCUGAUACAGAAAGACGUUUAUAACAACAGCGCAUGGACACAUCGAAUGUUUGUGCUGAAACAUUCGAACCCAGACCGGGAACAGAUUGACUUGGAACUGGACUAUGUUAAAGAAAAGAUCGAGCUGGUGCCUCAAAACGUGUCCGCUUGGGCCUAUCUUCAAGGCUUGUACGAGAAUUUCCUCUCUGGCUCGUACGAUGCUGGUAUUCUACAGUUUGCUCAAAUGCUUACGAAUAACGUCACAGAUUCGGCGGAAAGCCCUGAAACUACUUUACCAGAAAUCGAGUCUUCAUACGCAUUAGAAUUCUUGGCGACAGUGUACGCCAAGACAGAUGCCACCAAGAAGAAAGCCGUAAAAGCUUACCAAGCUCUAGCGGCGAAGUACGACCCGAUCAGAGAAGCAUAUUGGCAGCGCCAGAUAUCUAUGCUUGAGUGA